GGACUCCCCCCUCCCCUUUCUCCUGCUCCUGCUGUUGCCAUGGGAGACGGCCUGGAGGCGGGCAGUAGCCAGGGUCCGCCCCUGGCCCCGCCCCCCCUCUACUUCAACCACCCCCCUCCCGAGACAUGGAAUCCUUCGCGACCCAAACGGCAGACCAAUCAGCUACAGUACCUCCUGAAGGUGCUCUUGAAGACCCUGUGGAAGCACCAGUUUGCUUGGCCCUUCCAGGCUCCUGUAGACGCCAUCAGACUCAACCUGCCUGACUACUAUAAGAUCAUCAAGCAGCCCAUGGACCUGGGCACCAUCAAGAAGCGUCUGGAGAACAGCUACUACUGGAACGCCCAGGAGUGCAUCCAGGACUUCAACACCAUGUUCACCAACUGCUACAUCUACAACAAGCCCGGGGAUGACAUUGUGCUGAUGGCGGAGGCUCUGGAGAAAAUGUUCCUGCAGAAGAUCACAGAGAUGCCCCAGGAGGAAACAGAGAUCGCCGUGGUUACCAAGGGUCGCCGCGGCAGCCGGCGAGACUCAGGUCUCAUCUCUAAAUCAGACUCAGGCCAAGACUCCUCCUCCCCCUCCACCACCCCCCACUCCCGUCCUCCCCCCCUCUCCCUCCCCUCCCAGGGCCCCCCCACCCUUCCCCUGGCCAUGCCACCCCAGUCCACCCUCCUCCCCCGUGUCCCUCCGACCCCGCCCUCCCACGCCCCCCAGCUCGGCCCCCCCUUCCCCCUCAGCUCUCUGGACCCCCUGGGCCAUGGCCUGACUGCCGUGCCCCACCACCCUGGCCUCCACCUUGGGGCACCCCCUCACAGUACCGCACCCCCUGCCAAGCAGAGGAAGAGCCAGAAGAGGAAGGCGGACACGACCACGCCCACCGCCAACGACCAGCUCAGCGAGUCGUCUCCCCUGGCGACGGAGCCCCGCCCCCGGCGAGAGAGCAGCCGUGCGUCCAAGCAGCCCAGACAGGACUCCGCCCAGCCGGACUCCCAGCACGGAGUGGGGGACUGUGCUCCCCCCCUGACCCCCAGCAGGGAGCAGGGCCUGCGGGGCUGUGCGGGGCUGGUGAGGGAGAUGCUGUCUCAGAAGCACACGGCCUACGCCUGGCCCUUCUACAAGCCUGUGGACGCUGCUGCCCUGGGUCUCCAUGACUACCACGACAUCAUCAAACACCCCAUGGACCUCAGCACUAUCAAGGUUAAGAUAGACAGCUGGGCGUACAGGGAUGCUCAUGAGUUUGCGUCGGAUGUCAGGAUGAUGUUCUCCAAUUGCUACAAGUACAACCCUCCUGACCACGAUGUGGUCGCCAUGGCACGCAAGCUGCAGGAUGUGUUCGAGAUGCGAUUCGCCAAGAUGCCAGAGGAUCCGGAAGAUCCCGCCCCUAUGCCCGCCUCCUCGCCCAGCCUCCACCAACCAGCACCCUCCACCAGACAGGCCCCUCCCACCAGACAGGCCCCGCCCACCAGACAGGUCCCUCCCACCGUAGGGCCCUCCUCCUCUUGUUCAUCUCCCUCGGAAUCGGAAUCGUCGGCCGGCGACUCGGAACAUGAGAGGACUCAGCGAUUGGCCGAGCUGCAGGAACAGCUUAAGGCGGUGCAUGAGCAGCUGGCUGCCCUGUCUCAGCCACCGGCCCUCAAGAGGAGAGAACGAGACAAGAAGGAGAAGAAGAAAGACAAGAAGAAGAAGCCAGGAGGGGAGGAGCCUCUGGAGGUGGCCCCGCCCCCUGUCCUGCUCCAGCCAACCAGGAAGAGCAGAAUCACCAAGGACCCAGUCACGCCCAAGAAGGUCAAGAAACCCAGUAAGAAGGAAGGAGUGGUGAAGAACAGUCGCCCUGGCAACGCCCUUCAGUCUGGCCCCACCCCUCUCGACCCCUCUGGGUCUGACGACCACACAGGUGUGUUUGUGGGCGGGCCCGACCGGUCUAAGCCAAUGUCGUACGAGGAGAAGCGUCAGCUGAGCCUGGACAUCAAUAAGCUGCCUGGUGACAAGCUGGGCCGCGUCGUCCACAUCAUCCAAUCACGCGAGCCGGCACUGAAAAACUCGAACCCGGACGAGAUCGAGAUCGACUUUGAGACACUCAAGCCGUCCACGCUGAGAGAGCUGGAGAGAUACGUGUUCACCAGCCUCCGCAGGAAGAGGAGACCUGCAGAGAAGGCUCUGGAGGUGACCAGUGUGAUGAAGAUGAAGACUGGAUCUUCAUCAGGCAGCAGCGAAUCUUCCUCUGACAGCGAGGAUGAGCCCGACAGAGGGUUGCUUCCCAAACAGAGGAAGCAGGCUCCUCCCCCUCGGAGGCUCCUCCCCCAGCACCCCCCCAGCGCCCCUGCCCCCCCCCAGCCCAUGGCUCCCCCUGCCCCAGGCCCCCACCCCUCCUCCCUGGACGACACCUUUGAUCCCCUAGGUCACUUCCUGCCUCCCACACUGCCCCAGGCCGGGCCCAUCUCCGAACCCUCCCACAAUAAUGCAGGGGCGGUCGCCGUCGGCAACAACCCCCCCCACCUCAACUCUGGAAGCGAGACACACCCCUUCCUCAACCCCUCGCCAGCUCUCCACAGCGCCCUCCCCCAGCAACCAUCUCGCCCUAGCAACAGAGCAGCAGCCCUCCCCCCUAAACCCCUCCAGCCUCCCCCCUCCUCCUCUGGCCCCCUCUUCCUCCCCCAGCCUCCCUCCAUCUCCUUCGCCCCCCUCCCACAACCACCCCCUCGCCCCCGCGUCCCUUCCCCCACGCCGCACGGCAUUCUGGGAACCCUCUCCGCCCAGCCCCCUCAGGCCCUAUUGGAGGACGACGAGGAGCCGACGCCCACAAACUCAGAGACUCCGCCCCCUCCCUCGCUGACUGCAAGCCAGGUUGAGAUGUGCCCGCAGACACGCCCCUCCGCGACACACACACAGCCACACACACGCAUACACACACACCCGCCUGUCACUCACUCCCAGCUGAUGCAGGCGGCGGCAGUAACCACGGCAAUGUCCGGUGUGACCCUCCCGAGGCCGACACACGAAGAGCAGCUGGAGUUUACACACUCGCUCGCACACACACACCCCUCGCUGGGACAGAAGGGGGCAGCGUUGCAGCAGAAACUACAGCAGAUACAACAACAACAGCUAAAGCAGCAGCAGCCGUCGCCUGGCAACAAGAUUGAGUCUUUUGCUUUAGGUCCCCUGAGGGGAAGCCCCUCCCCCCUGAUGAUGCAUUCCCCCCAGAUUCCUCCGUACCAUCCAAUAGGAGAGCACUCUCCCCCUCUGUCCAAGAAGCCUGACCAGAGGCCCCCCCUGAUGGGUGUGAAGGAAGAAAAGCCCCCCUCCCCUUUUAGCCCCUCCCCAUCUCCCUUUAGCACCGCCCCUUGUCAAGACUUACACAAACCCUCCGACAGCAAACACACACACAGAUCAGAUGUGAAGCCAUUAGACGGUUCUCGUCCCGGGCUCCGCCUCCCUGACUCCUUGGCUCCGCCCCCUUCUCAGCAAGAGGUGAAGCAGGAACCGAGAACCCCCACCGGCCCCAAGAAAACACAGACCAUGGGUUCGUGGGCCAGCCUGGCCCAGCGCCCCCCCUCCGCGCCCUCCUCCCUGCUCCGCUCCUCCUCCACGCCCUCCUCCCUGCUCCGCCCCCCCUCCACGCCCUCCUCCCUGCUCCGCCCCCCCUCCACGCCCUCCUCCCUGCUUCGCUCCUCCUCCGACAUCUUUGAGCAGUUCAGACGUGCGGCGCGGGAAAAGGAGGAGAGGGAGAAGCUGCUGAGAGCCCAGGCCCACCGCAGGGAGAAACUACGUAACCGUGACGACGAGGACACCGUGGAGCCGGCCCGUAGGGCUCAGGAGGACUCCCGCCGUCGUCCGGGGCAACAGUCUCCCCUGGCUGCCACGCCACCUGCCUCAACCCCGCCCACCAAUUCCCCACAGGCUCCGCCCCCACAGCCCCCGGCCACGCCCCCAGCCUCCACAGCUGCACAGACCGCCCUCGACCAGCAGAGGGAGCUGGCUAGGAGACGAGAACAGGAGAGGAGGAGGAGGGAGGCGAUGGCAGACACCAUAGACAUCAACUUCCAGAGUGACCUCAUGGCCAUCUUCGAGGAGAACCUGUUCUGAGGAAGAACGAGAGGAGAACCUGUUCUGAGGGAGAACGAGAGGAGAACCUCCAACAAGAUAUCCCUCAUGCAUACACACACACACACUCACACUCAUACACACAGUCUCUCACGCACCCCCUCCCUCCCACCUCCUCCCCCCUGUAGCCGUGGAAACGUUGCAGCGUCUUACACUUCUGUGGAAGCUUGUUUCGGAUUUGGGGUUGCCGAGGGCAAAAGAGUGAAAUCAGACACUUGAUCAAGCCCCAGAAUCUCUUCUCCUCACGGACAAGGUGGGAGUAGCCAUGAAAGGGGGAGGGGUCUUUUAAAACUGAAAAAUACCAAGUGGGGGGGUUGAUUUAAGAAAAUAACUGAAAAAGAAGAAGAAACAGGGAAAAAAAUUAUGAAUUAAUGAAGCUUGUUAAUACUUGUUCUCUUUUUGGACUAGCCUGAGGAGGGAGGGAUGAGGAAGGAGGGAGGGAUGAGGAGGGAGGGAGUUUCAAACCGAUGAGUGAACCAGAGGAAGGACAGCCUCUCAUUAUUUCCCCUCAUCUCUCUCUCAUCUUCUCCCCCUCUCUCUCCACACAUGUUGGGUGGGGGAGGAAGGGGGGAGUGUGUGCGAGGGGGAAGAUUUAUUUUUUUUUCUGUCCCUUUUUGUAGUUUUCUUCUCAGGACCCAGUGGAGAUGGGCCGCGUUCCAAAACUUCAGAAACACAUAGACAGGUGUUUAUGAAGUCACCUGUGUCACAUGACCACAUCCCUAUAAUAACCCUAUCCCUCCUCAUCUUCCUUCACAGAUAUAACAGCGUUGUAGCCUCCUAGCUUAAAAGCUCGCUAUCUACUCUACCUACGCGAAUAAUGUUUUUAACACAGUUAGUGAAUUAGCAACAGAGCAAGGAAACAACAUAGCUUGACAGUUACAUGGUUUGAUAGCCGCAAAUCUUGUUAGCUUUGAACGUUAGUUAGCUGUGAGCUAGCUACCUAGCGCUCCUGACUCGGCUAACAUGAUAGCUUGCCAGCUAAAUAGCUUUCCUUGACCCUGACUACUACAUCAAGAAGGAGGAGAAGGAAAAUGGGAGGGAGGGGGAGAGAGAGAGAAAGGGAUGGAGGGAGGGAAUAACCAACUGUGUUUAAGUAUUGGAAUGCGGCCCCUGCCUUAGUGCUCCUGUGAGAUUGUGAUCUAACACAAACACAUAUUAUACAUAUUAUAUAUAUAGAUACAUAAAUAUAUAUUCUAUACAAUGAAAUGUCACAAACAAACUGAAGGAAAAGAAAGAAUAAAGAAUUCUGUCUUUUGUGGAGAGCAUCUUUUGAAUCUCUGCUUAUGUUUUGGUUUUGUAAAAUUGACUUUAGAGGGGGGGAAUUAUUAUGAUUCUGUUAAACUAUCUUUUUUAUUUUUGUCUUGUUUGUGUCUGACCAUUUUCUCUCUCAUUGUCUGGCCUUCCUUUCUUUACUCGACGCCAAAACCGAUUUAUUGAGUGCUGAAAGUUCAUUCAUUCAUUUGUUUCCUUUUUUAAAUUGACUUAAACAAUCGUGUUUUCACUUUGUACCUGGGAAGUUUUCAGUAAUUUAAUUUAAUUCUUACUAAUGAGUUUCCUGGUCCUCUUCACCUUCUUGUCCAAUCAAAUAUGUUCCUUCAAACAGUCUAUGCUGUCAUUGGUUGAGAAUCACUGUUCAUUCACAGGACCGUAUCUUUUUGUUUUGUUUUUUGCCUGUCAUUGCUUUUGAACUGUAAAUCUCUUUUUACUUCAUGUUAUGGUUGUAUUAUGGAUUUUAUGUCAUUGUAUUUUUUUAUCUUUAAGUUCUUCAUUUUACGAUAAUUUAUCCUGCCCACCGUUGUUAUCUUUUGAUUGGAUAAGAGCUGGAGGAAGUGUGGGGGGGGGUCCAUUGACCAGUAGAAAGGAAGAGGAAUUCAGCUUGCUGUGGCGAAAUGGAGUACAUCCGUUCUAGGAUUCUAUUUCUAUGUUCUGAAUCCCCCCCAACAUAUGCAGAUCUAUGGACUGCAGAUCUAUGCUCCUAAGACGAGGCAAAAACGUUAUUGAUUCCCCCCAUUAUAGCAGCUCAAUUGCUCACAAAAGAGAAAAAAAACAUUAAAUAGAAUAGAAAAAUGUUUACAAAAUAUAAAACUAAUAUUGCUUUACUACUCGCACCUUUAUUUUCCAGCAUCAUCAUCCCAUCUUUAUCGCUUCCCUUCAUCUCUCCUUCUUUCAUAUUCUGGUUGUCGUGUGUUCUCUCUUCUUUCCCCCCUCGUCUUGAAUACCUUGUUUGUAUGUGGAUAAGUCUGCAGAUGGUUCGAUCCGUCUUGUUUGUAUGUGGAUAAGUCUGCAGAUGGUUCGAUCCGUCUUGUUUGUAUGUGGGUGAGUCUGCAGAUGGUUCGAUCCGUCUUGUUUUUAUGUGGGUGAGUCUGCAGAUGGUUCGAUCCGUCUUGUUCCCUUUAUGGAAGCAACCAUCUCUCUUUUUUAAGAAAAGUAUUAAAAUUAUAUUAAAAAUGUACC